AUGGCUACCCCGACAAGAAUUGGCCUUGCUGGCCUUGCCGUCAUGGGUCAAAAUCUUGCCCUCAAUAUUGCUGAGAAAGGAUUCCCUAUUUCUGUUUACAAUCGGACCACGUCAAAAGUUGAUGAGACAGUUGAAAGAGCCAAGCAGGAGGGAGGUCUUCCCGUAUAUGGUUUCCAUGAUCCUGAAUCCUUUGUCAAGUCAAUCCAAAAACCUCGUGUGAUAAUCAUGCUUGUUAAAGCCGGUGCCCCUGUUGACCAAACCAUCAAAACCUUGUCGGUUUACAUGGAGAAAGGGGAUUGUAUCAUAGAUGGUGGUAAUGAGUGGUAUGAGAACACUGAGAGAAGGGAGAAAGCAAUGGCUGAAUUAGGUCUACUUUAUCUUGGAAUGGGAGUUUCAGGCGGUGAAGAGGGUGCUCGACAUGGACCUUCUAUAAUGCCUGGUGGUUCGUUUGAGGCCUACAAACACAUAGAAGAUAUCCUUCUUAAGGUAGCUGCUCAAGUUCCCGAUAGUGGUCCUUGUGUCACUUAUGUUGGCAAAGGAGGAUCUGGCAAUUUUGUUAAGAUGGUUCACAAUGGGAUAGAAUAUGGUGACAUGCAGCUGAUUGCAGAGGCCUAUGAUGUGCUGAAAUCAGUUGGGAAGCUCACCAACGAGGAACUGCGCCAGGUAUUCUCUGAAUGGAACAAGGGGGAAUUGCUGAGUUUCUUGAUUGAGAUCACGGCAGAUAUAUUUGCAAUUAAGGAUGACAAGGGAGAAGGAUAUUUGGUCGACAAGGUUUUGGAUAAAACUGGCAUGAAGGGUACUGGUAAGUGGACGGUUCAACAAGCUGCUGACUUGUCAGUUGCUGCUCCCACUAUAGCGGCGUCCUUGGAUGGAAGAUUUCUAAGUGGGCUGAAGGAAGAAAGAGUUGAAGCUGCAAAAGUUUUCAAAUCAAGCGGUGUUGGUGACAUCCUAGCUCACCAAGUCGUGGAUAAGGAGAUGUUGAUCCAUGAUGUGAGACAAGCAUUAUAUGCAUCCAAAAUAUGCAGCUAUGCCCAGGGUAUGAACUUGAUACGCGCAAAGAGUGCUGAAAAGGGAUGGGAUUUGAAACUGGGGGAGUUAGCAAGGAUUUGGAAGGGCGGAUGCAUUAUCCGUGCUAUCUUCUUGGACCGUAUCAAGAAGGCCUAUGAUAGAAAGCCAGAUCUUCCUAAUCUUCUUGUGGAUCCAGAGUUUGCAAAAGAAAUUAUUGAGAGACAAUCUGCUUGGCGAAGAGUUGUCUCCAUUGCUAUCAACUCUGGUAUUAGCACCCCUGGUAUGUCUUCUAGCCUUGCGUAUUUUGACACAUACAGGAGGUCCAGGCUGCCUGCUAAUUUGGUCCAAGCUCAACGAGAUUAUUUUGGAGCACACACAUAUGAGAGGAUUGAUGUUCCUGGAUCCUUCCAUACCGAGUGGUUUAAAAUUGCUAAACAGUCAAAGAUCUAA